GUUGCCGAUAUUGCAUCAGAUACUUAUCAGAUACUCAUUGGAGAGUGCUAUUGAGCACGUCUCAUCCCAUUACAAUCAAAGGGAAGACGUUGCGCUUGGUUCGACAAUGGAUCAAUUUCGUGCGCAAAUAACGAUGCAAAUGAACAGAUUUCUGUUAAUUCAAAAUGCCGCCGAGGACGCAUCGGAGGGAUCGUCCGAUUCAGUGUCUCGACAUCUAUUAACCACACGGCUGGAAGUGCUAGAGGCAAAUUGGAUUAAAUUUAGAAUGGAACACGAGGAAAUGUGCCUGGAGUUUUCAGAGCGAAUCGAGGAGGAGCCGUAUGUUAAACACCGAACGUAUGAGAGAUGUCAGGAAUUUUAUGUACAAGCGAAGGCUGUAUUACUCGAACAACAGGAGUUGAAAGAGGCUUCUCAUUCUUCCUCACGCGAGAAUCAUGAUCUAACCAACGUUGAGAAAAUGCAUUACUUGAAAACGUGUCUAACCGGAGAUGCCGCGAAGCUUGUAACAAAUCUCAAGGUCAAUGAAGAUACGUUUCCCAUCGCAUGGAAGACCUUAGUCUCUCGAUACGAGAAUAAACGAGUGUUAAUCUCUACGCAAUUGGACAGAUUGUUCUGUUUAAAACCAAUCAAGGCGAAGUCAACACAGGAAUUAAAUACAAUACUUGCUGCAGUUACCGAAUCGUUAGGAGCUUUAGAAGCACUGCAUUGUCGUACAAAUGCAUGGGAUCCUUUAUUAGUACAUUUGAUAUCUCGUUUAUUGGAUCCAGAUACACGUGAGGCAUGGGAAGUUAAGCUAGGUCCCUCAACUUCGUAUCCCACUUGGAAGGAUUUUGAGGAGUUCGUAGUCGGUCACUCAAGAGCGUGGGAAAGUCUGGCUUCCACAUCUAGUCAGCCCGUGAAGGUUAAGGGGUGUUUAUUAUACUCUCAACAUAAGCCAGAUUCCAAAUCAUGCAGUUUGGUAGCUAUAGCCCCGUCUUUUAAAGGCGGAUCCGAAUGUCGCAUAUGUAAUCAUAUCGUUAGUCGUUGUCAAAGUACUCGUCGCUGUAAGAAAUGCGGUAAUAGACAUCAUACCACUCUGCAUGAUGACACUAAGUCAGCCGAGAAGUCCGCGACUAAAACUAAGUCAAAUAUCUCAAUUGAUAUUUCUCAUCAUCGCGAACAUCUAGCGCAGAAACUAAAUGACAAGAAAUCUCAUCCUGGAUCGGAAUUGUCGUUUAUUACGGAAAAUCUGGUGCAUCGGCUAAGACUUUCACGAAAGGCUGCCACGAUUCCACUAUUGGGCAUCGGCGGGACUUGUUCAGGACGCACCAGAGGCUCCGUAGAUAUUGUAUUACACUCUCUGUUAGACGUUAAUGAUUCUUACGCGUUACAAGCUUACAUUCUUCCUCGACUGACUUUUGAGAUACCGUCGUUCAACAUAGUUAACACACCUUGGACGCAUUUAAACGAUCUACCACUUGCAGAUCCCAACUUUGGCAAACCCGGACCGAUUCACAUUAUUGUCGGUGCAGACCAUUACGGUCAGAUCAUUAAGCCUGAUUUGAGAAAAGGAGGGUCAUCCUCGCCUAUUGCCCAACUAACAUUAUUCGGUUGGGCCGUUUCCGGGCCGGUUUCCCUUGAUUUACGUAAUUUAAAGGGAGGAAUGUAUCAUUGUCAUAUUGACCGCGACCUACAGAAUUUGCUGACUUGUUUUUGGAAACAAGAGGAUCUCCCAAAUACAGAUGAAAAAUCCCUAACUGGUGAAGAGGAAUAUUGUGAAGCGCACUUUCGCUCCACCUUUUCCCGAGAUUCGGACGGUCGAUAUAUAGUACGACUUCCGCUUCGAGCUCCUACGACAUCUUUGGGAGACUCGACUGCAACAGCUUUUCAUUGUUUAUCGCGGUUACAUAAACGGUUCGUAAGAGAGCCAUCCUUUCGUAAACUAUAUACGGAAUUCUUACAAGAAUGCCAGACACUAGGACAUAUGAUCCCGGUUUCAGAAUCUGAGGUCGAUGCUACUCCUGUCUUCUAUUUACCUCACCAUGGGGUAGUACGCGAAAACAGUCAGACGACUAAGCUCAGAGUAGUUUUUAACGGAUCGAGUCCUUCGAGCAGUGGCAUUUCUUUGAAUGACAUCCUGCAUACGGGGACAAAAUUACAAACGAACAUCUUUGAUGUACUACUCCGGUUUCGUUCUCAUCAGUACGUUUUCUCUUCGGACAUUACGAAAAUAUAUCGAAAUAUACGUUUACAUGUAGCUGAUCAGAACUUGCAGCGUAUCUUUUGGCAUGAUUCGGAAAGCCAGUUACGCUCAUAUAAGUUGACAACGGUGACUUACGGUUUGAAUUGCGCUCCAUUUCUAGCUCUCCGCGUCAUUCAGCAGUUGAUUGAGGAUGAGGGCCAUCGGUUUCCUAAAGCCAUACCAUCGCUUUCUAAAGAAAGAUACGUUGACGAUAUUUUUGAUGGAUGUGGCAGCUUACUCGCCACAUGCAAUCCGCCGGGCGCGCUC